AUGACAGCUCACAAGGAACCGAAUCCGGCCUACGACGAAGCAUCAACGACAAGAAACAAGAGAGUGAGGCAGCCAUCGCCUCUGUCGAGAUCGAGGCGCUUCAAGUCUGGCGCAACUCAAAGCCGAGCCGUGGACGAACCCACUCGAGACGAGCGACUAGCGGACGCCGACUGGGCGAAACUCGUGAUCGAGGAGAGGGACAACCAGCGCAGACUUCGUCGCGAGCGCCAUCGCAGGUACCGGCAGAAACAGACCGAAUUGAUGGAGCACCUCGAGCGCCACAACCCGGGGUUCCAACUGGAGGUGAGCAAGCUCGAGGAACGGCUUCGCACGUUGUUGGCCGCUGUCCGACCGAAAGAGACGCUGUGGACGGUGGCGUCCGAGUAUUUCCGAGUGUUCCGCUACGGUGCGGUCUAUUCUGCAACAAGAGAGGUUCAGCUGGAGUUCGUUCGCUCUGGUAUGUCGCCUGAUGUGUUGAGUAACUCGGGGUAUGGAGCGGAAGCUCUGGUAGCGAGUUGGGCGCAUUUCUCGGGCGGCUUUGAGGACGUCGAGGUGGAGCUUCAAGGCCUCAAGAAGGACACGGACAACUCGGUGGUAGGCACCGCAACCACCAGCUUCACCAUCACGGAACGAACAAUCGACGCGUUGUUCCCUUGUCUGAACGAAGAACGAUCACAGGUUGCCGACAGAAUUUUGAACCAGCGAGUCUCGAUGGACACCUCGGUGCGCUUCGUGUGGGAUGCUGUGGUCAGCCGCGUGACGAGCGUCGUUAGUCGAUCCGACCUAUUGACGCCGAUGCUGGGCCUGGUUGGAGAUGUUGCGAGUGUUGCACGAAUGUUCAAAGACUCGCGGGUUUACGUCUAA